UCAAAUAGAUAAAUGAUCCUUGGUAUGACCUUAUUAAACAAUUCCAUAUAGCUUAGUCGAACCCCCCUCUCUCUCCCGGCUUAGACUGUAAUGGGUUAAAACCACAGUUUAUGCUGGAUACUGUUUAUGUACAGAUAUUUUCAUAGAUAGUGUUAGGUGCCUCCUAAGAAGAGGUAGAUGCAGGAGUCAGGAGCAGGAGAGCAAGGAAUUCCAGUUUGCACAGUCCUUUAUUAUAAAUCCCAACCCACCAACAACAGGCGGGGAAAAUCAUGAAACACACGGAGGAGAAACCUCUACUCCUAAAUAUAGUACCCACAGUACAACGACUGAGAGGAAAAAAACCCUGUGGCGCAAACACGCACCCCUUACAGAGCUAACAAGCUAAAUUAAUCCCGCACAAAGACUAGCAGGCUGCGAUGGUUAAUAAACCCACCAAAAUUAACUAAUCAGAAACAGGUGAUAACAAUAACAGACAGACACAAACGAAAAGGAAAAAUGGAUCGGUGGCAGGUGGCAGGUAGUAGGCCGGGGACGACGACUGCCGAGCACUGCCCGAACAGGGAGGGGAGCCACCUUUGGUGGAAGUCGUGACGGAUAGACACAUACUUACUUACCUACUUAGGCCUAUUGAGAGAGAGAGAAAGAGAGAGAGAAAAAUACAGAACAUUUGAUUAUUUCUCAUUUCUAAAGGUUACUUGUGUGUUUCUGUUCUAGUCCUGUCUGGUUGCCAUAGUUGUUCCUGACCCAGAGACAAUGCCUGCAUGGGCCCUGAAGAAAGGCAUGGAGGGAGCUAUCGGGACCUCUGUAAAAAUACUGUUCUGAAGAAAGCCAUCAUGGAAGACUUGCAGAGACUGGGCAAGGCCAGUGGCCUCCACUCGUUUGAGCAGGUGAAAAACAUCCACAUCCACAACGAGCAGUUCUCCAUACAGAAUGGCCUGUUGACUCCCACACUAAAAGCGAAGAGACCCGAGCUGAGGGAGUUUUUCAAGGAGAAGAUUGAAGACCUGUACGAAAACAUCUCCAUGUGAAACACUACCACAGAAUAAACAUUUCUCAGUAACAUCAGUCCUCAUUUAACAUUUGUCAUUCACUCCCCUUCACCCCCAUCCAACCACAAAACAGACUCAAACCAACCAAACAAGUUACUGACCGUGGGUCAGGAAGGAAGUAUCAACUUAGCUCUUUGGACCCCCACUGACCAAGUUCUGUCUGCUGCUCCAGGGCAGCCUAGCAGUGUGUUGGGCCAGUAACCGAAAGGUUGCUGGUUUGAAUACCUGAGCCGACAAGGUGAAACAUCUGUUGAUGUGCCCUUGAGCAAGGCACUUAACCUUAAUUUACUCCAGGGGCGCCGUACUACUAUGGCUGACCCGGUGAAACAACACAUUUCACCUACAGUACUCGGUAUAUGUGACAAUACAUCUGUAUUAUUUUUUUCCAAUGUAGAGCUAAAACCAAAUCAGCCUCAUCUCUUAUCUUGAAACGCCAGCAACAGACAGUCAACAUAGCCUGCAUGCUCCUCUUUCUUUUGUAGGCCUAUCAAAACAUUACAAAAAAAAUGAUGCAAUCUUUAAGUUUUUCUCCAUGUUGUGCUCAGAGAAUUUGCCUGGUAAGAACAUACCGACCUCAAAUAAGGGCAUUGCAUGCAGUGUGCCCUGCAUUGCUGGGACCGUUGUUACAGGAGACUUCAAAAUGAGUCCUGGGCUUUAAAGGCAGUCAACAGGGGUGUAAAAACGUUUUGUCUGUUGCAAAACCUUUUCCAACAAAAACAGCUUAAUCAAAACGUAAAACAUUUUUUCAACAAAAACUAGAGUUUUAUUGGACAAAUUCAGGUAGGCCCCUCCCGUUCCAUUUGUUCUGUUUGCUUCCAUUUGGUUCCUAGAGUAAAUGGUAAACGCUUUCCAUGCAAGGCAAAACGUUUUGCAACGGAAUCCGACUAAUGAAUACACCCUGGUAUACCAACACCGUCAACCGUCAUACUGCAAGGCUUUUUCAUGUAGUCGAGAUCGACAAGCUCCACUCAUUGACGGAGGUUAAAACAAAAUGGACUGUGAAAAUGUGGGUUUAUGUAGUACAAAUGUAUAGGCUUUUGAGUUCAUUUCAGUCCCAAAUUAUUACUAUGUGGAUGUACAUAUUAAGGACAACUAGACAUAAGCAUAUUUAAGCAGUGGUUUGAAUGGAUUGUUUUGCGUGUAGUGAGAUGAAUUGUAACUUUAUUUAAUCUGUUGUCAAAUGGAAUCAGCACCAUAUCCUUGUAUUGAAUGAGUGCAGCAACAGGGAUUAGGGGUUGGGAUGGGACAUAGAAAAAUAAAAUACAUUCUGGAAUCAUUUUAA